AUGGAGAUGAUUAUCCACCUUGUUGUGCCAGGCCCCAGUGGGAGAGAGCUCAGUUGUCCUCCCGCAGGUUCCAAGGCUGAGGUCCGCCUGUCUGUGCCCCCCCUGGUGGAGGUGAUGAGGGGGGAAUCUGUCACUCUGGACUGCAGCCCCUUGGGGACCCAUGACUAUUUCAUGCUGGAAUGGUUCCUGGUCGACCGCUCCGAGGUCCGCCACCUCCUGGCCUCCGCCGAGCUGCGUGGCUCCGAGCUCCGGGACAAAGUGCUCAACUCCCGGGGCCGCAGCCCCCCAUACCAGCUGGACUCCCGGGGGCGCCUGGUGCUGCCUGAGGCCCAGGUGGCCGAUGAGCGCGACUACGUGUGCGUGGUGAAGGCGGGGGCAGCGGGCACCGCCGAGGCCACCGCCAGGCUCAAAGUGUAUGUCAAACCAGAGGCCCCGGAGGUCUCCUCCUACAAAGGAACCCUGACUGUGAUGAGUGAUUUUGCCGAGGAGAUAGCCACCUGCACCAGCCGCAACGGGAACCCAGUGCCCCAGAUCAAAUGGUAUCGGAAUGGGCAGUCCCUGGCCGUGCCGCUGGAGGUGAACUCUGAGGGCUACGUGACCAUCCGCACUGUCCGGGAGGCCUCCGGCCUGCUGUCCUUUAGCAGCACCCUUUACCUGCGGCUCCACAAGCCUGACAGGGAGGCCAGCUUCCACUGCUCCGCACACUACUACCUGCCCGCUGGCCAGCACGGCCGCCUGGACAGCCCUUCCUUCUCCCUCAACCUGCACUAUCCCACAGAGCACGUGCUCUUCUGGUUGGGCAGCCAGUCCACUGCCGAGGGCUGGGUCCGCGAGGGUGACUCUGUCCAGCUGUUGUGCCGAGGGGACGGCAGUCCCAGCCCGGAGUACACGUUUUUCCGGCUUCAGGACAAGCAGGAGGAUGUGCUAAAAACAAGUCUUGAGGGGAACUUGACGCUGGAGAGGGUACAGCGGAACCAGAGCGGGACCUAUGGCUGCAGGGUGGAGGACUACGACGCCCCCGAGGACGCGGAGCUCUCCAAAACCCUGGAGCUGCAAGUGGCCUACCUGGACUCCCUGGAGCUCAGCACAGGGGAGGAGCUCUCCUUACCUCUGGGUAACAGCACAACCGCGACCUGCUCUGCGCGAGGCCUGCCCACCCCGACCCUAUACUGGACCAAGGACUCAGCACCCGUGGGGGAGGACCCCACACUCUCCCUCCACUCCGUCACCUUCGAUUCCGCCGGCACCUACACGUGUGAGGCCUACAUGCCCAGGAUCCCCCUCCUGAGUCUCACCCGGAGCUUCAGGCUGCUGGUUCAAGGGACACCAGAGUUGAAGGCAAAGGAGACUCAGCCCAAGGUCAAAGGCAGUUGGACCGAAGGAGAUGAAGUCACCCUGAUCUGCUAUGCCCGUGGCUACCCGGAGCCCAAACUUAGCUGGAGCCAGUUGGGCGGCAGCCCCACAGAACCGGCCCCCGGGGGCCAGGGCUGGGUGAGCAGCUCCCUGACCCUGAAGGUGACCAGUGCCUUGAGCCAAGACGGUGUCUCCUGUGAGGCCUCCAACCCUCUCGGGAACACCCAGCAUGUCUUCCACUUUGGAACCGUGGCCCCCCAGACCUCCCAGGCCGGCGUGGCGGUCAUGGCCGUGGCCAUCAGCGUGGCCCUCCUGCUCCUCGUCGUUGCCAUCUUCUACUGCAUGAGACGCAAGGGGCGGCCCUGCUACUGCCGGCAGGGCGAGAAGAGGUCUCCGCCACCUGGGGACCCCAAACUGAGCCACUCAGGAUCAGAGCAGCCGGAGCAGACGGGCCUUCUCAAGGGGAGUGCCUCCGGAGGAGCCAACCAUGGGAGUGGGGGCUUUGGAGAUGAGUGUUGAGCCUGAGGACCUUCCCAGAGGCACUCAUUGAACCCGACCUGGAGUCGCGAGCAUCAGAAAGCCAGCCCCGCUCACGCCUCCGCCUGCCCCCACCUUCCCGGCCUUCCCUCUUUGCUCUCUGGACCCUCCCUUCCUUCCUCUGUGGGCUGGGCAGGGAUCAUAGCAGCCUGGGAGGGAGGGGACCUUCCUCCAGGGAUUGUGACUCUCCCAGGCCCCAGAAUAGCUCCUGGACCUGAGCCCAAGUCCUGGCCUGGGACGAGGCUGGAGGGUCGGCUGGCUGGGGCUAUUUUUACCUCCUGCCUCCAUUGCUGGUCCCCCGCCUCCCACCUGACGUCCUGCUGCAGAGUCUGACACUGGAUUCCCGCCCCCUGCCCUGACCCCAUCAUCUGUGGACACUGGAGUCUGGAAUAAAUGCUGUCACCUAGACACCAUCCUGUGGCCAGAGCCGCCUCCUCUAGGGGAUGAGAGGGGAAGAGGGGUGCAGGUGAUGCUCUGGCCCUCCUGGCUCUCCCACCCCCUUGCUGGACCUCAGGAAAAAUCUGAUGUCAUGGAGAAAGAAAUGAGAGAGAGAGGAUGGAGGGUGACUCAGCUGGAAAAAUGUGGAGAAGAGAGGUGCUGGGGGUCCACAGGGAACUGAACCUGGCCCCUGAAGACCAGUGCCUUUGGGGGGAGGUGGGGUGCUGUCCCCUUAAAUAAAAAAUGCCCAGUCUCUCUUGCCAGAGGCCCAGAGGGAAUUGAAGCAUCCAGAGGAAAAGCUCUCUCUGAGCUGUAGAGUGGAUGGAAUUAGGGAUUUAGGCAUCUCCUCUGAGGACAGCCUUUGGCGGGGUGGAGGGGCAACUUGGAGGAACCCCCAUGAAGGGAUCUAGGCAGAGAGAAGAGACGGCAGAAACAGCAAAACAGAGACUUACCGCAGCGGAGGGAGAGGCAUUUGAAAGGAGGAUGGAGAGCCUAAGGGGGAGGUCAGAGGGAUGGGCUGGAGUUGCUCAGAAUAGAGAGAGAGCCACUGAGUCAGACAGAGAUGUGGGGAGAGAGGCAAAGACAGACAAAUAGAGACACGUCCUGGAUCUAUUUACUGUGCAUUUCCAGACCACAGCAAUAAAGCGAAGAUCAAAAUAAAGCAAGUCACAUGAA